AUGCUGGCGAUGUACGGCUACCGUGUGGUUGUCUGUGAGGCGCACGAGCAUCCGGGUGGCGCAGCCCAUGGCUUCGAGCGCAAGGUGAAAGGCGUGGGGACAUUCCGCUUCGACAGCGGGCCAUCGCUCUUCUCCGGCAUGAGUGCGCCCUCAGCCAAUCCGCUUCGCCAGGUUCUGGACUCCGUGGGUGAGGCGCCUGAGUGGCUGCCCUAUGACCGCUGGAAGAUGUACCUGCCGGGUGACAAGCUCUUUGAUGUAGGCUCCGGCGACGCCGCAGCCUUCGGACGGGAGCUGGCACGUGUCAGCGGCGAUGCAGCUGAGGCGGACAUUUUCAACCGCCUUUGUGCAGCGAAUGCCCCACUGGGCGAGCUGAUUGCAGCAGUGCCCCCCAUUGCCCUUAGGGCAGACGUGGGGGCGGCGCAGACGCUGUUGCCGUAUUUUGGAAAGAUGGAUCCACUGUCUGGGUUGUCAAUGGUCAUGUCGGGGAUCAGCCCCUCAGCUCCGUUUUCAGACGUGCUGAAGGCUGGGAGAGUGCCGGAGUCCUCUCUGACUGGAUGGUUCUUCGACUUCCUGGCUUUUGCGCUUCAAGGGCUUCCUGCCAGUGCAACGCAAGCUGCUGGGGUGUCUUUCAUGAUGCGGGAAUUCUUCGCGCCUGGCGCAGUCAUGGAUUACCCGAAGGGUGGUUCUGGCGCACUGGUCGACGCUCUGCUACGUGCCGUCGAAAAGCGAGGCGGAGAGCUCCGCCUGCGCACGCGUGUGGAAGGGCUCACUGUGGACAAUGCCGGACGAUGCAUUGGGGUCGGGCUCAAGGGCGGCGAGCACCUUGAUGCUCGUGUGGCAGUGCUGUGCAAUGUAGAUGUGUGGAACACGGCGUCGACUCUGCUCCCGGAGGAGUGGCGCCCCAAGGUGAAGGGCUCUGCAUUAGACGUGGUUGGGGAUGCGCAGACACCUCUCGACUGUGGCUCCGCGAGCACAGCUUCCCUGGAUGGGCUGGACCUUGCUUCUCUGGGAGUGCAUCACAUAACAGCAGCAGACCUCCGGGCGCCAAUAGAUGCGCGCGACAACUUGGUCUUCAUCUCCAUCCCAAGUGCGCUCGACAACACCGCCGCGCCAGAAGGCUACGCCUGCAUCUCGGGCAUGCUUGGCGAAAAGGUUUUCUCGGCAGCCUCCAGCUGGUAG